GAAGUGCAACUCCUCUACAGAAUUUAAACAGCUCAGACUGCACAUGACUUUCUUUAUCUGCACAGGCACCUGAUUGAACAUCAGGCUCUUUGAAAGGGAUGGAUCGCCUCAAUUCCACCGCCCUCCCCACCAACCAAUCAGACUUCAGCAGCAUCUUCACUCGACAGGUGGUCCCUCUGCUCUAUUUCGUGACCUGUAUCGUGGGCAUAUGUCUGAAUGGGGUGGCUGCCUGGAUCUUCUUCAGAGUGCCCAGUGACAAUGGUCUGGUGGUCUACCUGAAGAACGUGGUGGUGGCCGACCUCCUCAUGCUGGCCACCUUCCCUUUCAGGCUGGCAGCUGAGAUGGGUUUGGGCCGCUACACUGCCGUGCUCUUCUACUCCUCCAUGUAUGUGGGGAUCCUCUUCAUGGGCCUAAUCAGCCUUGAGCGCUAUGUCAAGAUCGUCCGACACUCCCCCUCUUCCUCCUCCUGCAGAUCCAAGUUGGGCAUGGUGUCCUUGCUGCACCUUCUGCAGAGUGUCAGCUUUGCCUGGCUGUUGGCGCUCCUCACCUGGAGCCUCCUCUUCUUCGUCUGCGUUCUGCCCAAUGUUGUGCUGACCAGCCAGCCUGCCAAUGAGACAAACUCUCGGAAAUGCAUGCAGCUGAAGACGCCUCUGGGUGUUCAGUGGCACAAGGUGUCCACCUACUUCAGCGUGUCCCUGUUUUGGGUGACGCUGGUGGUCCUUGUCUUCUGCUACACCUCCAUUGCCCGCCAGGUUUACCAGUCGUACCGCCGUGUGCAUCGCAACAACAGCGAAGUCCACCGCAAAUCCAGUCGCAGCAUCUUCAGCAUCCUGGUAGUGUUCUUCAUCUGCUUUGUGCCGUACCACGUUUGCCGUGUGCCGUACACCAUGAGCCAGCUGCAGGACUCAAUCUUCAGCUGGGACACCCGCUUCCUGCUGUUCCAGCUGAAGGAGGGGACGCUCUUGCUGUCAGGGUUCAACGUCUGCCUCGAUCCCAUCAUCUACGUCCUGAUGUGUCGAACCUUCAGAGAGUCGCUGCUGAGGAAACUGUCAGUAAGAGAGAGGAGGAGGUCGCUGACCACUGCCCAGAGUCUGAGCAACAUAUAGGAGGACAGGAGGGGAGGCGAGGAGGCGAGGAGGGGAGGAGGAAUGAGUACCAUAAUCACUGACAAAACAAGCUGAACUCAAGGUCCACUUAUGUGCUUGCUGGGGAGCUUUCAGCUCUCUUGAACAGUCUUCAUCUGCAGAUUGAACUGGAUCUGUUACCAUGGAAACAUAGAUGUUCAUAAUUGGAGUGGACUAUUUUCCAACCACAAUCCUUUCUUAACCUUCUUACCCUAAUGUGCGAAUCGAUGCUGUAAUUGAGUGUAAAAAUAGUAAAACAAUCAGUAAGUCAUGAUUUUGGGAAGGAGUGAGCAGCAGGAUUAUGUAUUGUAGUACACACAAGAACCACCUGCCACAUGACAAAACAUUUUGCUAUGUGAAUGAGAAGACUCUCUUGUUCAUUUCAUGUUAAAAUAUGAUUUUUCGUGUUAUUACAACAUUCUGUCUCUUAUUAUUUUGACA